AUGAGGAAAUUAACAAUAUCCCUAGCUUUGCUGGGAUGCAUAUCCCUGGCUUUGGGUCAUAAUAAUCCCUGGGAAUCACAACCACCCACUCCAGUAAAGAAGGUGCCUGUGCCUGUUCCAGUGCCAGUUCCUGUCCCAGUACCAGUUCCUGUUUAUCCCAAAGAAGGAGGUGGCGUGGAGGAGGGGGGUGGUGGCGGAGGAGGCGGAAGUGGUGGCGGUGGAGGCGGAGGUGGUGGAAGCGGAAGUGGAGGUGGUGGCGGUGGAGGAGGCGGCGGCGAGAGUGGCACUUGCCCUCGACCUUCUCCCGAAGCUUUACGGUGCCUCCGGGAAUGGGCCUGUCAGUACGUCAUCCGCCUGGAUCUGCGCUGCCUGCUCACCUUAAAUGGCAACCCAUUGCUGGGCAAUCUCAUUUCAAUACCCGGCAUCACCGGAGGCGGCAGCAGCAGUGGCGGCGGUGGCAUCUUGGGUGGUCUGCUGGGUGGCAAAUAGGGCUGCUC